AUGAGCAGCCUUUCUACAAUCCUCGUCGAGCUCCAGCGGCUGAUCCUUCAGGAGAGCGACAUUUCCACCUGCCACUCCCUCGCCUCCACGUCCAGGUCCAUCCGACCGGUCGCUACUGAAUACCUCUACCGCACGAUCGACGGCUCCAUUGGCAUAGCAGGCUGGUGGACCUGUCGAGACGUCCAGCUUCUCCUCCGAAACAUCACUGAGAACCCACCACUCGCCUCACUGAUCUUGACUGUAAAUUGGACUCCCACUUACAAUCCAGACGGUGGAAUGAUUGGAACGGGAUACCUGGCCGGGAUGAAGUUUAAGGAUGCCGACGUGGAGAUACACGACCAGGCCAUGGGAUUGCUGCAGAGGAUGCAGAUGAGCGAUCUGGACUCGUGGUCUGAGGACUUGAAGUCGGACUCUUUGGAUCCCAGGAUUGCCCUUCUGAUUUCGCAGUUUCGGUGUCUGCAGGAGCUGACCCUCGUGCCGCGCCUGCUCCACAGAUCAGAGUAUAUGGGCCGGGUUUUCACGCACCUGGUGAAACCGGGUUCGGGGUACUUUACGCGGCAGCGCUCGGUGAAGUUUGGGGAGAACCGCUGCGCUUUUGAGAUGGCGGGCCUGGACACCAGUGAUGAGAUCAUUAUGCCAUUGCUGUACCUUCCAGCGGUGGAAAGUCUGAACCUGACUUCGCAUAUGCCUUGUAUAGCGACGUGA